AUGAAUGCAGCUUUUGCGCAGGCUCAGGCGGCCAAGGCUGCAGAAGAGUCAGCACUUGCUGCUCUAUCCGACAGCGAGCGCCGCUGUCAAGACGGCCUGCGACGCAUGGAUUCCAUGCUCGCAGACACAAAGGAGCUGACCAGGGAGCUGGCGAAGCACAAGCACCUGGCCAAGGGCAUGGACGACAUGGUCCGCCGUCACGAGAGGAGGAUGCUCAGGAGCCUCGAAGUCCAGUUUUUCUGCACUCAAAGAGGUUUCAAUUUGAGAGAUGUUGAGAUGCCAUCGGAGCAGGCAGCAAGAGGAAGCCCGGGACUUGGCUUCGUCAGGGACCUCCUAAAACUCUGA